AUGCGCACAGUCCUGGCUCGGAAGAUGGGUGGCUGCCGUAUUUUGGGCCGCGUCUCGGGUAGCUGGCGGCGAAGGCCAGAGAUCCACGCCGCUCGCAAGGCCGCAGGCUUUGGCUCCGAGGCCCGGCAUCAGCUGCAUCCCCGAGGCUCCAGCAAACGGUCGAGGCCCUUGGAGAACCAGCGCUUCCCAGGGCUGUUGCAGCCAGAGAAUCUCAGUCGGGAGCAGUUGAUUGAUGCACUGAGGGCAUGUGUGUUGGACCAGAGAGGACCACUAGUGACGCUGAACAAGCCACAGGGUCUGCCAGUGACAGGAAAACCAGGAGAGCUGACAUUGCUCUCCGUGCUGCCAGAGCUGAGCCAGUCCCUGGGGCUUGGGGAGAGGGAGCUCCAGGUUGUCCGAGCAUCUGGGAAGGAGACCUCUGGGCUUGUACUCCUCUCCAGUUGUCCCGAAACAGCAAGCCGCCUCCAGAAGUUUUUCACCUACUCACAGAGAGCCCAGAGACCCAUAGCCACCUACUGGGCUGUCACUGAUGGGAUCCCAGCUCCUUCUGAGGGGAAGAUCCAAGCCGCUCUGAAACUAGAACACAUUGAAGGCGUCGAUCUUGUAGUUCCAGUGAAGUCCCCAUCCCGAAAGGACAUCCUGGAAGGUGUCAAGAGGACCCUCAGCUACUACCGUGUGGUGGCCACAGGCUCUGGCUGUGCCCUGGUCCAGCUGCAGCCAUUGACAGCGUUCCCCAGUCAGCUACAGGUACACAUGGUACUACAGCUCUGCCCCGUGCUCGGGGACCACAAGUAUUCCGCCCGCGUGAGCACUGUCCUGGGCCAGCGCUUCCUACUGCCCGCUGAGAGCACCAAGCCCCAAAGACAGGUCUUGGAUGAAGCCCUAAUCAGACGCCUCCACCUGACGCCCUCACAGGCUGCCCAGCUGCCCUUGCACCUCCACCUGCAUUGUCUCCACCUCCCAGGCGCCAGGCCCAGGGACACCCCCAGCGAGCUUUUGGCACCCUUGCCCCCUUAUUUCUCCAGGACCCUGCAGUACCUGGGGCUCCACCAACAAUAGUCUUCCUUCUGUUCCAUUUCCACUGGAAAGCAUUCUGGAGGCCAGAAGCCUGAAAUCCUGGUGACAGACGUGGCUGUGCUCUCCAAGGUUCUGGAGAACCCUUCCUGGCCUCUUUCAGCUUUUGGUGGCUCCAAGCGUUCCUUGGCCUGUGGUUGCAUCACACCAGUCUCUGCCUCAUCUUCACACGGCCUUCUCCUCGUGUUUGUGUCUUCUCUUCUGCCUCUUAUAAAGACACUUGUCAUUGGAUUUAGGGCCCACCUGGAUAAUCCACUCAUCUCACGGUCUUUACAAAAUGUAAUUACACCUACAAGGACCCUUUUUCCAAAUAAAGUCAUUCGCAGGUUGCAGGCAGGAACCUAUCUUGGUGAGGCGGGGUGGGGAGGCACCAUUCAACAACCCCUGACAACUAGGAAAUACCAACCUUUUUCACAUGGGUAUGGCUUAUUGGGUAUUUCCUUUUUAGGCGCCCUUGGUGCCUUGCUGAGGAAGGGACAGACCCACUCCUGGAGAAAGGCUGGGGUUUAGGCAAGGUCCACCCUUCCCUCUAUGUCUCAUUGUAAAUCUUGUGCCCAUUAGAUGUCAUUCUGCUGUCAGCCCACCUCCUCCUCUGGUCUUGGGGAUUGGGAGGACUCCCAGUGGUUGGCCAUUCUGGCCAUGUGUCCCAGCCUCCGGCCCACUGCCCUGUGAUCUUGGACAAGCCAUGUCUUCUCAUUCAGACUCUUCUGUAAAGUGAGGCUUACCCCCGCCCCACCCAAAGAUCAGAAAUGCCAGGGGAGUCCCUGAACAGGAAGCCCCAUGUCUGCUGCUAGGUGGGAAUUCUUGGCCUUGCUUCAUGGAGGAGUUGCUGAUGUCCUCUAACUCUUGUUCUGGACUUUGGGGUACAGAACCCCACCCUACCCUCUCUUCACACUCCAGGAGAAAUGGAGGCAUGCCUAGAAUACUUCACUUGUUCCUUUUUAUUUGGCGCCGCACCCAGG